AUGAACUUCCCCUGUGAUGCUUCUACCAAGUGGGAAGACCACUUCUGGGGUUGCUUUGACACAUUCCACAGCUCCUCGUGUUCUGACUCAGUUCUGCAGUACUGGAUAAAUGAAUACACUUCCACGUUGGGCAUUGGAGUCUUCCACUCUGGGAUUGAGAUCUAUGGCAGAGAGUUUGCCUAUGGAGGGCAUCCCUACCCUUUCAGCGGGAUUUUCGAAAUCACACCAGGCAGUGCUGUGGAGCUUGGCGAGACCUUUAAAUUCAAAGAAUCCAUUGCCUUGGGCACUACAGACUUUACGGAAGAAGAUGUGGAUAAAAUCAUGGAGGAACUGGGCAAGGAGUACAAGGGCAAUGCCUACCACCUCAUGCACAAGAAUUGCAAUCACUUUUCAGCUGCUCUGGCAGAGAUCCUGUGUGGGAAGGAAAUCCCCCGCUGGGUGAACCGGCUGGCCUACUUCAGCUCCUGUAUUCCCUUCCUGCAAAGCUGCCUGCCCAAGGAAUGGCUGACUCCAGCAGCCCUGCAGAGCCACAUCAGCCUUGGCCUCCACAAGGAAGAGCAGGGAGACACCACCGACGAGGAAUCCCCGUCCACUUCCGCAGCGGCCUCUGCCUCAGGCCCUUCACGGACCUGCAGACACACGAGGGUCUGA